AUGCCAGAUGGAGCUAGUGAAACUAAGUCCAGUAGGUUGCUGAAGCUGAUGUCAGUUUCGUUCAAAGAGGCAUCUUUGGACUCUCCGUCUUUCAGAGCCAGUGCAAAUUUUUACCAGGUGCAGAUUGAGUCGUUCGAAAGCUGGAUCGAAAACGUGUCGAGAUUUUACAAGCUCAAGUUUUUGCCGUCACUGGAUGACUUCAAACAGCUUAGCGACACUUUAUUCGCACAGUCUCUGCCUCCUGCAGACUAUCUUUACAAUGGAAUAGUAGAGAACCAGCUGUACACGCCGGCAAUUUUGGAAGCAUUUCAUAGUGACCUCUGCAAUCUCUCAGGGCGGCUUUUGCUCUUGCUAAGAGGUGACCCCGAGUCCUUCUUGUCAGGGCUUGUCAAAAUCGUGUCUGAGAUUAUAGAACCUUACAAGGAGAAACGAAGAAAUUUCGAUUACUACCAGUCGAAACAUGAUACGCUUUUGGCGAAAUACCAAAGCACCAAGGUCAAUGGUCCUAAUAUCGAGCCUUCUAGCAUGCGUGAAGACGCAUUUCAGCUUUUCGAGGUUCGCAAAAGCUAUUUAGAGGCCUGUCUCAAUCUUGCAUGGGAAAUCGCUCAAACUCAAGAAUCUCUGGACGAGACCAUGAACGGAGUGGUCAACACUCUGAUUAGAAGAGGACCUUUGAAAAAUGCAAUCAUGAACACUCAGGAUGGUGACGAGCUGCUAGAACUCUUCGAAAAGCAUCAAAGGUGGCACAAGGAGAUAAAAAGAAAUAACUUGUCCUUGGCAGAGGAUAUGAAGAAAGCUAAGGAACAAGUACAAGCAUUCACAAUCAAGCAACUGCAACCUUCAAGGGAUCUCAAUGAUUACAACAUCAGGAGCAUAAAUCAAGCAACGUUGAAGCUCGAAGUCGAACCAGGAACCAAGCACGCGCGGGAAAAGUCUGGGUGGCUAUUUAUGAAGACUUCAGCAGGUAAACCGGCACGCACCACUUGGGUCAGGAGAUGGUGCUUUGUGAAAAACUCUGUCUUUGGUAUUUUUCUUCUGUCACCAGCGCUGACAGCAAUCGAAGAAACCGAUAAGUUUGGAGUUCUUUUAAUGAACGUUCGUUACGAUCCGAACGAGGAGCGAAAGUUCUGUUUCGAAGCUCAAGUAGCGGGGUCCGAGCCCGGAACGGGUGGUAGAAAUAACACGGCAGAGCGCAUGUCUCUUGUUUUUCAGGCCGAAACUUUGGCAGACCUGAAGUGUUGGCUCAGUGUAUUCGAAGAAGCCAAACAACAAGUGCUUCUGCUCGAGAAGCAUGACCCAGAGUACGAGUUGUCAUUUUCCAGAAUUCCGCCCAUAUUUUACGAGUUUGCAUGCAGUUCUACGAGUCAAACAGAUCAGCAGCUCACCUCUUUUGAUACAGAUGGGCACUACGGCAAGUCAAUUUUACAGUUGAUGCAAGCUGCCUUUUCAGAGACGGGUAGUAUCAUUUUUCCACAGGACUCUCCAUUUCAAACUCCAUUACUGAAGACUCCAAUAAUGACAAAGCUCACGAAACUCAGCAUUAUCUCAAGCUUUUUCCUUGUUAGUGAUGGCGUGCCUAACGCGGUCAUGGCGAAUUUCUGGGGCAGUGUGAAUUGGAGCGAACUUUGCUACAGCGGAAGGGCGUUUCCUUCAUCCGCCUCAGAACAUAAUUAUGGCUCGCAGGUGCUGUGUCCCAUGAAAAGCUCAACGUCUCCGAUCUGGAGUCCAAUAGCUUAUCCGGACUUCUAUCCAAAUGAUAUGCGCAACAAGGAUCUUCAGUUUAAAAGUCUGUUUUUCUCUACUGCCACUCAAAGGACUGAGAAAAAGUUCAACGAGCUUCUUCUUCUGUCAUUCCCAUGCUCAUGGUCUCCGAACGCAAAACAAGGGUUUUCUGGUAUGUGUUACGUGACAAUGAACAAUCUUUACUUCUACAUGAACUCGAUGGGAUUUAUCUGUCUCCUGAACAGAAGCUUGGAGGAUUUGGUAGCUGUGGAAGAGGCAAAAAGAACAGAUGAAGCCAAUGGCACCGUUCUCAAAUUGUAUGACGUCAACGAGCUCUCCGUAUCGUGUUCGAUGUAUUUCGACGACCCGGCACUCAUUGCGACCAAAAUUCGCUUAUUACUGCAAAAUGGUGCAACAGAAAACGCGAAGAGUGAGCAAGAUGUCAUGGCGAUAUUUUCAAAUAUAGACAAAGAGUUCGCAAAGAGAACGCAAGCAGAGGCAAAAAGAGAGGAAAAGGCACUCGCCCCUGCAAACAAUAUCGAUAGUUUGUUUAUGGGCACAGGCGAAUCUGUUCGAAACCUCGUGGAACGCCAGCAGAGUUUUCGGGGAGAGUUUAGCUCCGCAUUCAAAAUGGAUUUCAGCAUCCCGCCCAAGGGACUAAUGCAUGUGCUUUUCGGCAAUAAGUCAAGCGUAUUUCCACGAGCAUACCUCCUGGCCCACAAGACUGGAAUGGAAAACGCAGUAUCAUUUUGGCAUACCAAAAAAGAAGGGGAAUUAACGGAGGCAAUCAGAGAAGUUCGUUUCCAAGUCGAUCCAACUCAAGGUUUUUUUUUUCCUGGCCAGGAAAAGGAGUCUACCUUCCUUAACGUGAUUCAAUGCAUCAAGGUGGUCAAAGAUAAUUUGUAUUAUGAGAUCGAUCAACAAGCAGGGAUAUUGAAGGUGCCGUUUGCCAAACCUUUCAGUGUGCGGUCCAAAAUUGUAAUUAUCACCAGGCUAGAUGCCAAAGCGAGUAAAUUCAACUAUCACGAUAAAGCAGGAGGCACCUCUUCCUUGUUUCUAUAUUACGACCUCAGCUUCCACAACAACGAAGCGCACGACGUCCCAACGACGAAGCUGAACAUCAUUGAUAGGUGCGCGAAAAACGUAAUCUUACAUUUCAUGCGCUACGAUUCUAUAGCCCUGCGCAAUGUUAUACAGCAGCACUUGGACAAGAUUGGAAAGCAUGGUAGGAUACUCAAAGCCAUCAGACUUUGUGGUCAGCUCGCUCUGGUGACGGAUGCGCAUGAUUUUAAUGGCAUUGCCGAACAAAAAGUUGCCCGAUACUCACGGAGCUCAUUACUACGAUUUGCGAUGAAGUGCAUUUUGUUUUACACGGUCAAUAUUAUAUUUGCGAUGGUAAGGAUGUUUUUUCACCUGGUGCACACGAUUCUGACGAACGUUGUUGCCUUGAACAGAACUCUGUUGCUGGGACUAUUUUUGUCGAUCGUGGCAAACAUGUUUUUAGCGGGCAAAUCUACAUGGUCAUACUGGUCCGUGCGGCGUGCGGAAAACUUGCUCAAGAGCUACUUGGAUGGCGAUAGGCAACCGAUGCAGCGGGCUGUUUUCGUGGAUGACUUGGAUUUGCUGUCGGGUGCGCUUGUGGAUGGAAACGGCGCAUGUUUCGAGAAGUUUAUGUCGUCUGAGCACGAUAUCGAGAGCAGAUACCGCGCUACGCGCCACGAGAUCGGGCUCAAGCGCAAUGAGCUGCUGGUGGAACUCAAGAUCCUCAAUACCAUGGAAAAAGAAAUGGUUCACGGUGAUUAUUUGUCAUUUUUGGCCAACGAGAUCCAAAACUGCCGUACUGUGGAAUUGGACCUGCCCGAAAUGUGGGAUAUCGAUAUUGAGCUACAAAACCAUUGCAGAAGAUGCCAACAAGAAUACAAGAGCGUCAAACAACUGCUGUGA